GGUGUGGUUCUGUGUAUGUAGUAUGUAGUAAUAAUAGAGCACAGGUGAAGGUAGUGAAUUUAGAAUUUCAGGAAUUUUUAUUUUACUUAAAUUUAUUCAGAAGAAAGUGUUGAUUGUUUGUGACAAAUUAAACAAUAUUUGCCAAUUAUGGGUGUCGUCACCAAGUCACUGACAGUGGUCCUUGGUCUAACAGCUUGUGGAUUGUCUGGAUAUUUUCUAUAUCUUCUUCUUCGUAAAGACGAUGAUGAUGAUUAUACAGAUACCUAUGCCAAAGCUUCAAAAUUUAAAACAUACGAAAUUAAAGUUCCUAAGGACAUCGUCAGCUCUUUGAUAGGCAGGAACGGCAACAAUAUCAAGAAGAUUCAAGAACAAUCAAGCACUAGAAUUAAUUUUAGAGAAGUACAAGGUAGUGAGGAUAGGAUCUGCAUCAUCAGGGGAUCUGUGGAGGCUUGUCAUAUUGCUGAAAAUUUAAUUCAGGAUUUUAUCACCAAUCAGCCAAUUUUGGAAAGCCAAGACAUGUGGAUACCUUUCGCAUCCGUAGGUAAAGUCAUUGGAAGGAAUGGAGACAAGAUUCGAGAAAUACAAAGUCUGUCUGGAGCUAAAGUGACUGUCACCGAUGAUGAUAAAGCUUUGAAUACUAAGAGAGUAACGAUGAAAGGUACAAAAGAACAAAUAAACGUAGCUAAAUCUCUCGUCGAAGACGUAGUGGAACAAGUCCUAGAACAGCAACAACGCUUAGAGGCAUCUUUGGCUAAAAGGGAACCUCGACUGCCCCCAAAAUCUCCCGACUCUAAUAAUAGAAUUGAAAGUCCUCGAGGUGAAAGAAUGUCUCCAAUACCUGGUCAACCUGAAGCACCGUUUGAAGUCUACAUCUCAGCCAUGGUGGAUCCUUCUCGUUUUUGGUUGCAGAUCGUUGGUCCAAAAGCGACAGAACUGGAUUGCCUCGUUGAAGAAAUGACCGAAUACUACGGAAAAAUCGAAAAUAGAAACAUGCAUGUGCUCGACGAAGUCAAACAAGGCGAUUUAGUUGCUGCGACAUUCAUGUACGACAGUAAAUGGUAUAGGGCAGAAGUUUUGAAAAUUACUGAAAACCCUAAUGCAGGUAAACAAGCUGAGUUGUUUUACCUCGAUUAUGGAGAUACAGAUGUCUUACCCUGCAAAGAACUCUUCGAACUCAGAACAGAUUUCCUUAGGCUGCAUUUUCAAGCGAUAGAGUGCUUUCUAGCCCGCGUCGAGCCCAAUGGAGAAUCCUGGUCAGUGGAAGCCGUCGAUCGUUUCGAGGAAUGGACCCACGUCGCCCAAUGGAAAAAACUCUCUGCUAAAAUGAACGGUUACAGCGCCAGGGAAAAAACGAGAGCCAAACGCGAAGGAUCCCCCGUUCCCGGAGUGGAUCUAUACGAAAUCGAAGAACACGAUAUCGACAUAGCCGAAGAACUGGUCAAAGCAGGCUUCGCUGUGUUUAAGAAAGACGCGAAUCUGCUAUCGAGUAGUAGAGCUACUAGUAAUAGUAAUAUUAGUGUCGCUAGUAGCUCAUAGCUGUCGAAGGUGAAGCGGUAGGUAGAUUGUUAGAGAACUCUUUAAUGAGGCUGAUCGUGCUUGGGAUUUUUGAGAUGGUUCGUUUAAAAGAAAGAUUGCUCAGUUUAUCAUUUGCACUGUACACACACAUAGAGCGGAGCACAGGACUUCAAAGACAGAUUUAAAAUUUUUCCGAGCUGAAACUCGAAACGUCAAAUAUAGUCCAAUCAACAGCCAUUUUCUCGUGAAAUUUUGAGAAUCAAGGUCGAUUUCCUUGAAAAUUUGGAUUCAGGUAGUAUUUAUAACCUUUGUCAAAAUGUACCCUACGCCGAAGCGGGCUUUUUGCCUGGGGGGUGAAAACAACCCCAUCUAGGGGAUGACUUUUUAAUCAAAAUGACUAUGGAAAUCGAUAGAGUGACCAAUUCUGAGUAAAUUUUGUUCUAUAAAAUUUUUUUGCAAAGUUGAUACCUUCCAGGUUAUUAGCGAUUGAAACUAUGCAUUUUUCAUUAGAAAACUCACGUUUUAUAACCGUUUUACAUGAAUAACUUAAAAAAAUUAAAUUAUAGAAAAAAAUCAUUAAGAACAAAAUUGUAGCUAAUAAAAAAACAAAGAGAUUUGCGUCUCAAAGACCCAUGUAAACCCAAUAACGACUGAGUUAUUGCUCUUUAAAGAAUGGUUAUUAUCAAAGAACAUCGAAAUGGAGAACCUUCAAUCUCAAAUACAGUCGGAAAAAUGAAAGAAUACCCAUGAACGAUCACAUCAAUCACAUAUUAUUCAGAUUAUUAAUAAUCUAUCUCUCUCGUUUGUUAUUUGUGAAAAAAAACAGCAAAUACAAAAUAUGUGAUUGAUGUGAUCGUUCAGGGGUAUUCUUUCGUUUUUCUGACUGUAACUCGAAUAUGGUGCAAGUUUUUAGGAAAAUAACAGACAUAUUUUAAAGUUUAUUAAAAACCUUUCAAAUAAGCUCUGAUAAAAGUUUUUUGCAUAAGAACUGACUGAGUUAUGACAAAAAUAAAGUAGCUCCGUGCUUUUUUUUUCAAAAUGUAACAAUUAAACCCUUGUCAUUACAAUCAUAAUAGAAAUGAAUAGCUUGCGACUUGAAAUUAACUUUAUUUUAGGCAUACUUGAUAAGAUCCAUGUGAUUUGACCGGUUUGGAAUGCUUAGUUUAGAAAAAAUAGUUGAUUAAACCGAAAUUGACAUUUUUAUAAUUAAAAAAAACUGAAUUUUUGUUAAAUAAAUCUAAAAAUAUUCAUAAUAUGAAAAAAUGUUUCAAAUAUUAAUUAUAGAAUUUUUUUUACUGAAAAUUUUGAUUUUUUGUUUUUGUUUUUGUAUUAUGAAUAUUUUUAGGUUUAUUUAAGAAAAAUGCACUUUUUUUAAUUAUAAAAAUGUCAUUUUCGAUUUAAUUAACUAUUUUUUCUAAACUAAGCAUUCCAAACCGACCAAAUCACAUGGAUCGUAUCAAUUAUAUCUAAAUCAAGUUAAUUUCAAGUCGGAAGCUAUUCAUUUCUAUUAGGAUUGUAAUGACAAGGGUUUAAUAAUUGUUACAUUUAAAAAAAAAUUAGGGAGCGAUUUUAUUUUCGUCAUAAGUCAGUCAGUUCAGGUGCAAAAAACUUUUAUAAGAGCUCAUUUGAAAGGUUUUUUAAUGAGCUUUAAAAGAUAUCUCUUUUCCCUAAAAAAGUUUUAGGCAAGUUUUCCCAAAAAAUUGCACGGAGUUAUUUUAGAUUGAAAGUUCUCCAUUUCGAUGUUCUUUGAUAAUAACCAUUCUUUAAAGAGCAAUAACUCAGUCGUUAUUGGGUUUACAUAGGUCUUUCCGACGCAAAUCUCUGUGUUUUUUUAUUAGCUACAAUUACGUAUUUAAUGAUUUUUCGAUAAAAUUAAUAUUUUUUAAGUUAUUCAUGAAAAAAGGUUAUAAAACUUGAGUUUUUUCAAUGAAAAAUGCAUAGUUUCAAUCGCUAAUAACUUGUAAAGUAUCAACUUUGCAAAAAAAAUUUAUAGGACAAAAUUUACUCAGAAUUGGUUAAUCUAUCGAUUUCCAUAGUUGUCUUGAUUGAAAAAAUUUUCAUCCCCUAGAUGGGGACCCUAGAUGGGAUGAUUUCACCCCCACGGCAAAAGCCCGGUUCGCUACUGUUCCGUCUAUCACGUGAAACUACCGAACAGUGGCGGAUCUCAGGAGGGUAGGGUAGGGGAAAUCCCCCAGCAAACACGGUCCAAAAUUAAAGAAAAAAAUAAAAACACAGAUAAUUGAAGAUGACUUAAACCCGCUUUUGCCUUAAACGAUUCAAAUUGAGUAUAGCAUGACCUCAACUUCUUCUUCUUCUGACUGUGUCUAUUCGUUAUUAUAAAAGUUAAUAUUUUGGCACCAUCUCUUCGUUGACUUCAAAGCAGCCUAUGACAGUGUUAAAAGAACUGCAUUAUAUAAUGCAAUGAUAGACUUUGGAAUCCCACCUAAGUUAGUUAAGUUGACUUAACUAACAAUGCAAAACAUAAGCCCGUGCGUUAGAAUUGAAGGAGAAAACUCUACGUUCUUUGGCAUUAAUAAUGAUGUAAUAAGACAGGGGAACGCGCUGGCGUGUCUCCUUGGUAAAAGAAAUCACAAAAUUAAAUAUCAGAAUGAAUGGAACUAUUUUUAGUAGAUCGACGCAAAUUCUUGCAUUCGUUGACGAUAUAGUUAUAGUGGGCAGAAGUAUGAGAGACAUGGUGCAGUGUUUUACAAGGCUUGCGGACGCGGCUAGUGAAUUAGGACUUGUGGUAAACUACUUAAAAAUCUCUGCCAAUCGAGCCAUUGCAACGACUGAUUUUCUCAUUCUCCUGGCUCGUCUUAAAUAUUCUCUCGAUGCCCUCUCCUUCGAUUUGGCCCAGGCAGCGGUGCUAUGCGCCAACACGGAUGCUCCCACGGUCGUCUCUGGUAGAUCAGCUCAUCGCUUGCCGUGGUAUCAUAUCGUUACAAAACUUCUUGGUAUUUUUGAUAGAAAAAUUCUUAGAAAGAUUUUUGGGGCAGUAAAUGAAAAUGGUCUAUAGCCUCGAAGAUACAACUUUGAACUAUAUCAGUUAUACACCAUCCGGAUAUUGUGAAAUUCGUUAAAGUGCGGAGGCUUAGAUGGGCUGGACACAUUGCUAGGAUGUCAGACCACAAAUACACUAAGAGAUUAACAUUUUCAAAACCAGAGGGCACAAGAAGUAGAGGACAACCACGAAGAAGAUGGAUUGAUGAUGUGGAAGAAGACCUAAAAAUUCUAGGGGUCAGAAGAUGAAGGGAAGUUGCCAGGAAUCGACAGGAGUGGCGACUUCUUUGUGAGCAGGCCAAGAUCCACAACGGAUUGUCGAGCCACUUAGGAGCCGUCCAUUAAUCACGUGAGGCUGGAAAGGGGAGGGGGAGGGGUCUAGAAAAAAUCACGAAAUGUCACAAUACACGUGAUAUAGAGGAUCUUACACCUCACAAUGUAUCACCAAGGGGAGGGGGGGUUAAAACAUGCCAAAAAAACAUCACGUGAUUAAUGGCCCCUAUGAUAACGAUAAUGAAUAUUUUGGCACCUUUCAUUUCAUUUCUACAUGUGGGGUAUUAACUCAAUCAUUUAGUCGUUUAAAAUAUACAAGCCAUCUCAAUAAUUUCAGGAACGAUUCAAGUGCCAAUCAAAUGUAGAUAGAACUUUGUUGAGCUUUAUCGUUGUGAUGAGACUGAUGUUUAUUGUCGCAGUAGAUGAAUUUUAUCAAUUUAAGACAAAGAACUUUUAUAUAUUUGAUGGAUCUGUUAAUUAAACAAAACGUUAAUAUGAAGUCAUGUAGUAGUUAGUAAUAAUGAAUACACUUUCACUACUACCAAUUCAACUUAACACUUAACCCAUUCGCUGCUAAUCACGCGCCAGCGCGUGAUAUGGUUACUUCAUUCAGGUGCCAUUCACGCGCCAGUGAGUUAUAUGGUUACUUCAGUCAGAUGCCGUUCACGAUAGGCAGCGAAUGGGGUAAAAGUUAUACUAGAGAAGAACACACUUUAAUUAUGAUGAGAUUUCGACGCGUAGGUUUUUAAAACGAUUCAUUUUAGCGGUAUUUGUUAACCCUUUCAGCUCCGGUGACGCGUACGCGCGUCAAAAUAUAAAUAUAGGUUAUUGACGUGGACGUGUAAGCGCGCUUUUUGUAUUAUAUUAGGUUGUUCAAUAAGUUUUGCGGUUCGAUGAGAGAUAGCGCUGCUACUGGCCUAAUUUUGUUUUGUUACGUUGGCACACUAUUCAAAUGAACGUGUGUGAAGUUUCAUUACAAUCUGUCAAUUCGUUCUUUGUUUACAAGCCCAUAUAGCAUCAGUUUUUUGGGAUGCGAGAGGAAUUCUGUUUGUGGCUUACUUACAAACUGCUAAAAUAAUAAAUUCUGACUAUUAUUGUAACCUUUUGGACCAACUGAAGGAAUAACUUCGUGAAAAGGACCCGGCUUGCAGAAGAAAAAAUCCUUUUUCAUCAGGAUAAUGCACCGUGUCAUAUGAGCAUUUUAACAAUGGCUAAAAUAAAAAAGGUUGCAAACAUUAAAGGGGAGCUGAAAUUGUUAAGUAAAUCGGGGCAGACAAUCACAUCUUGUUUAUUAUAUUCAAAAAAUCCCUCGAAUAUUCUUUCUUUUAUCGGAAGUAUAAUUUUGAGAUUAAGAACAUUUAUUUAUUGUAUAACUUACAAUUUAACCCGGGAAAACAACUAGCUGUCAAGACAUGACAGCUGGUGUAUGACAGCUAAGCCGCCAUUUUGACCGUAGAGCCGUAUAUUACUUGUUGAACGAUUUUUCUAAAAAUCUUUGUAACAAUUUUUAUUUAAUUUUGUUAAUCGCAAAUCAAAUUUAAGGCAUUGGUGAUUUACUUAUUUAACAGAUCUAUCAUAAUAGUGAGAUAUUAAAAAAUGUGUCAAGUCAAUAACAAUAAUAAUUGUAAAGUUGCAAAUUAUUCAGAAUGGUCAAAUACUAUUGACUGUAUUACAUACAACUCCCACAGAAAUCUGGAAGCACGUUGCCACUAGCGCCACUGUCGGCUUGAGUUGAAUUACGUUUUGACAACGUAAAAUUUGACGUAAACAUUCAAAUUUAAUUUUAUAAAUUUUUGAAUAACGAGCUAAUUUUGCUAAAUUAAAUUAAAAUAAAAAUAGUUCAAACACUUAUACAAAAACAAUAAUAAAGCAAUUGUAUAAAUGUAAGGUUAGAUUGCUCUGGUUAUCCUACUUAUACCGCUAGAUGGCGAUAUUUUUUUGCUUCCUCAAAAUUAAUGGGAAAUGUCAAGAGUUAUAUGUAUUACAGUCAAUAGUAUUUGGGAUGGUUCAUUGUGAAGAUAAUGUCAUAGGUAGAAAAAUAUUUUAUUGACUGCUUGCUACUAAUAAGAUAUUUUAUUUGUUGGAUCCUUGCACAAGUAAAACAGAAAUACAUGAAACAAAAAUAGUAAUAUGAUAAUGGGGAUGAUUGAUUCACCAACUAUGAACUUCGAGUUGUGUAACUGACAAGUGACAGCAGCGUAGAAUGUUUACAAGAAUUUUUCGUAUUUCAAUCUAUUUUCCCGCCUUGAAUUCAUAUAUUUCCUUAAAAAAAGUUGUCAUAACGAUUAACUUUACACAUUAUAUAUAAGAUUUUUUCCUUCUUUUUGUGUAGACAUAAGUCUGUCUGUUUUUCAAUGUGGCUCCAGUAAUUUGUCGUUCUAUCGGUUUCGUGGUUUUCCCACUGAUCAUCUUCGUAUUGAGGAACCAUCUAUUAGUUGUCAUACGGUUUAAGUGGUCGUUCCAUUCUACUCUUCUGCUUCUUAUCCAGUUAUUAAUGUUCUCUAUCUUGCAUCUCUGUCGUAUAUCUGUAUUUAUAGUUCUGUUCCAUAGUGUCUUACCAUCGAACUUUUGAAGGGUUUUCAUCUCUACUAUUUCUAGCAUUCUUUUGUCCUCUCUGUAUCAGGUCGUGUUUCUACAGCGUAUGUCAUUAUUGGUCUGAUGACUGUUUUGUAAAUUCUUCAUUUCAUUUCUUUCUCGAGAUUUUUAUUUCUCCAUAUUGCUUCUUUGAGCAAACCGACGGCUCUGUUUGCUCUAUUCACUUGAUCUUCCACUUCCGUAGCCAGAUAGUGUGAUGCCAGAUGUUUAAACUCCAUCACUUGUUCUAUUAUCUGACUCUCCAGCUCUAAUUUACAUAUUAUAGAUUUGCGGUAUAACAAUGCAUUUUGUCUUUUUUGGGGGAAACUAACAUGUUAAAUUUUAAUUUAUAUUGACAUUUUGUAAUCUCUCAAUUGCCAUUAAACUGACUUACGUUUGCGCAAAGAUCCAGCCGAUUGUGGUUGCUCAACACGUGGCAAAUUUGUAUCAAACACGUGCACGUGAUAGUGGCCCCAAAAUACUCGAUGUAGCAGAUGAAUAAGAUCAAUAAAUAUUAAGCAUGGUGACUUGAAACCAUGUCUUUGUAAACUUGAACAAUAAAUUGUCAUUUUAUUUUUAGUUAUGGGUUACACAUGGUAAACCACAAUUAUACAGUGAAGUUUAAUAAUUGGGGUUUGCUGUUCUAGCUAGUACGAUAGGAUGUCUUUUUAGUUUUGCAUAUAGCCAUAAAAACAAAAAAUAUAUAGACGUAAAGUACUUUAUUGCUUUUCAAAAUAUGUCCCACCAAGAUCGAUACACUUUUGCUUACGUUUAAACCAAUUGGUAAAACAGUUAUUCCAGUCUUCAGUUGACACCUGCAACAUCGCUGUUUUAUAGGCAUCGAUGGCUUCUUCUGGCGACUGGUAUCGCCGCGCACGCAUUGAAUUAUUGAUCUUUGGAAACGUGAAGAAGUCCUUGGGACUUAAGUCGGAGCUAUACGGUGAAUGGUUUAACAAUUAGAUGUUUUGAAGCUCCAAAAACUAUUGUCUUUUGGGCAGUAUGAGCAUUUGCAUUGUCAUGAUGUAAGAUGAUUCGCCGUUGUGUGUUUGCUUUGUCGUAGUUUCGCGAUAACUUCUGGUAAACAAACGAUUAUGUACCAAUCAGACGUAACCGUUCUUCGAUCUUCUAAAGCAAUUGUUGCCACGUCGCCAGAUUUUGACACAAAAGUUGCGACCAUUUUCUUAGACACACUUCGAGAACGGAUCACUUUUGUUGGUUUUUCUUCAUCGUGAGACACCCAUGUAGCGGUGGAGCGUUUAUUUUCCGGUUGGUAGGGAUAAAUUCAAGAUUCAUCGCCACUAACAAUACUAAAAAAGUUUUUUGAGCUUCCCUUGUUGAACCGUUCCAAUAUUUUUCAACGCCAAUUGACGCGAACUGCAUUUUUGCUCUUCUGUAAGCAAAUGAAUUAUCCAACGGCAAAUCAACUUCCUAACACCCCGUUCUUCAUGUAGGAUCCUUUGGAUCCUACAUGGAUCGAGGUCUUUGAAAUGCCCAAAGAUGCCUCUAUCUCCCGGUAUGUUACACGGCGGUCGUCUUUAAUUAGCUGACGAACCGUAUCAAUGUUUUGCUGUUUGACUGAUGUUUUGGGUGGACCUGGUCUGGAUUCAUCGCUGAGACUGGAGCUACCACGUUGAAGUUCGCAGUACUAGCGGGAAAUAAUUUGACUGAUGUGAUGCUUCAUUCCCAAAUACAGAAACCAUUUCAGCGUGACAUUGCUGUUGGUAUAAUCCUCUCCGAAAAUUGUAAAAAAUUAUUGCUCGAAAAUGUUCGCGGCUAACCGCUCGAAGGACCAUAUCUAAUCUUCGGGUGCAGUGGAGAUCUAUCGACUGUUAUUGAAACACCAAAAGCACUUUAUUGAAACACCAAAAGCACCAAAAGAAGGAAUGACUUUAAAGGUAUAUCUGGCCUGGUUGACUGGAUUCUAAUGAAUGAUUCUAAAUGUAUGUUCUCUCUUUUUGGCAACAUGAAUCGGGUCAUAGCCCACACGACCAAAAAACAAAAGUUUUAUUUAGUCAGCUAAAUUAAUGUCCAUGGCCAAGAUAUUGUUUAUGAAUUGCAACAAUUAAACAAAUGAAAUAGCCCGAACAUGGUUAAAUAUAAUAACAAAUUGGUUCAUGUGAUAUACGGGCUGAUAAAAAUACACUGUUUAAUAUCGGAUAUGAAUUAUGAAUAUUUGAUAUUGAACAUCCAUUUUUCGACCGACUUGCUAAUUUCAAAACUUCACUGUAUCUACACGACUUGUUGUAUCGCAAUGAAACUCUCGAUUUGUGUCAACAAAAGAUUGAGGUUACGUUUGUGUUGGAAUGUUUUAUUGGUGGCGCCCUCUAAGCGGCUGUAUGCAAAACUAAAAAGACAGCCCACGUACAUUGUCAAAUCUAUCGAAUAGUUUCAUUGCUGAUUUUUUUAUUUGUACUUAAGAAUUUAAGAAUUGUAAAUAUGUAGUAUAUUGCGAUAAAUGAUUCAAUGUUAUUUGAAUUUGAAUGGUUUUAGACGUGUAAGUUUUAGACAUAUAAAUUGUUUUUAAGUGGAAACGACGUAUAGUCUAACAAGCUCUCUAAGAAACUCAUUAAUAUUCGGCUGUUCGAGGCGUGAAAUUCCAUAGACAAGGAAUCUACUUGUUUUAUGAAAUGAUCCUUUGUUUAUACAGUGAGCACGUAAAGGUUGGAAUAAAUUCAUUUUCUCGAGAAUGAACAAUUUUGGAAAAAAAUACCGAAACAGGUCAAUUUUUAUUUUUAAAUUACGACUUUUUGGCAUACAUAUCAUACUAGUGACGUCAUCCAUCUGGGCGCGAUGACGUCAUCGAUGAAUUUUUUAAAUGAGAAUAGGGGUCGUGUGAUAGCUCAUUUGAAAGGCAAUUUAAUUCUCUAUUCACUAAUAUAAACAUUUACAUAAUUAUUUAUACAGGGUGUCCAAGAAAACAUUUUUUUAAUUUAAUUUAUUGACACAAAAAGAAGAAUGCAUGUAAUUUAUUUAAUCCAAAAUACAUUUUACUGCUCUCAGAAAACAGAAAAAAAUGUUUAUUUGAAAAAUAUUCAUUGCUUUUCGUUUAAACUAAAUGUUCAAACUGUCCAGAGGAAGGUGGGUGGCGGCUUUCAUAUUGAAUUUAAGCAAAAAACAAUAUUUAUUUGUCAAAUAAACAUAUUUCCUGUUUUCUGAUAGCAGUAAAAUGUAUUGUGGGUUAAAUAAAUUACACACAUUCUUCUUUUUAUGUCAAUAAAUUUAAUUAAAAAGUUUUUUUGGGCACUGUAUAAAUAUGUUAAUAUUUAUAUUACUGAAUAGAGAAUUAAAUUACCUUUCAAAUGAGCUAUCACAUGACCCCUAUUCUCAUUAAAAAAAUUUUAAGAUGACAGACUGAGUAAUCACAUGAGUAAAGCACAAUAUUUCUUCAAAAUACUUUAACGUACGGCCUUGCACAAAAUACCGAUAACAAGAUAUUCGGUAUUGGUGUUAUCGGUAUUGUAUACAAGGCUAUGCGUUAAGGCAUUUUAAAGAAAUAUUGUGAUUUAUUCACGUGAUUACUCCGUCUGUUCAGUAGACGGAGAUAGUAUGAUACAUAUGCCAAAAAGUCGCAAUUUAAAAAUAAAAAUUGACCUGUUUUGGGUUUUUUUUUCCAAAAUCGUCCAUUCUCGAGAAAAUAAAUUUAUUCCAACCUUUACGUGCUCACUGUAUAAUAUUACACCUUAAACAAUAGCAGCCCGCUGGAGUGAAUAUUAAUGAAUCUCUUAGAUAGUUGGUAGUACUGUACACAAAAGUACAUCCCAUUUUUGCAGAAAUAAUCAUUAUCAACAUACACAUUGAUUUUAAUACGAUAUACAAUACCGUAAUGAAAAAGUUAUAUAUUUUCCUAGGUUUUUUAUACCGUAAAAGAUACAACAAAUAGUUUCGAUGUCCAAUAGAAGACAUAAUGUAAAGAAAUCUUCACACAAAUGCUUGUGUUGUUAAAAGGAGAUGUUAUCCGAAGUAGCACAGUAUGGUGUCCUUCUUUUUCUUCUUUCAAUGCCAUAUUAGGUCCCCCUAACGUUGGCAGUUACAUUGGCAAGUUGUUCACACUCUUCAACUAAUCGGAAUGGUUGUUCGGCAUUGCGUAUUCCUGUCCAAUAGCGAAUGUUAUUGAGUCAUUACAUUUGCUUCCUUCCAUUUCCUCUGCAAUCCUCGAAGUUAUCUUUUAUGACCAACUUCUCAAAUGCCUCAAAAAAUAUGGGCCUGCAAGUAAAUGAGGAAAAAACUAAGAUGAUGGCAUCAACAUCCACAAUAGAUCCAGAAACAUCGGGCACCAAUUCACGGUUGAUAAUUCUACCUUUGAAGUGGUGGACAAAUUCAUAGACAUAGGAUCACCAAGGAGAACGCCAUGACGGAAGAAAUUUAGCGAAUGAUAAUCCUAGCAAACAAAUGCUAUUUUAGACUGAGUAGACAUAUGAGAAGCAGAAACUUAAGCCAAAAAACAAAAGUAACCAUAUACAAAACUCUUAUACAAGCAGUGUUGACAUAUGGAUCGGAGACAUGGACCAUCUCCAAGGCAGAUGAAAACCUUCUGCUUUUAUUUGAACAAAGAAUCCUGAGAGGAAUAUUCGGUGGCAUCUGUGAAAAUGGUGCUUGGAGUAGGAGGUACAACUAUGAGAUAUACCACAGAUAUAAACAUUUAUUUGGUGGUGAAUACGUAGUAUCUCUUAUAAAAAUAGGAAGACUAAGAUGGGCAUGACAUCUUGCAAGAUCACGGCAGAACAACCCUCCUAGAAGAAUCCUUAUGUCACAACCUGUGGGAAGUAGAAAUAGGGGUAGGCCAAAACUCAGAUGGAAGGAUCGUGUAGAUGAGGAUGGUAGAAAAAUAGACGCAGCAAUCUGGCAACAGUUGGCAAUUGAUAAAACUGACUGCCCUAAUAGACUUGAAAACGUCGAGGCUCUUUCAUUGGGCUAUAGCACCAUUGAUGAUGAUGGUGACGUAGUGACUGUGUUAGUUCACCUACUUUUAAAAUUUAAAAACACGUUACUAUUUGUUGUUUAUAUUGUGGUAAUACUUUAUUUCUCUCAUUAUCAUUUAUCUGAAUGUGUGUUAUAUAAUGAUGUUAACAUUGUAAUUGUGAUAUGUUGUGGAUGUUGAAUGUCACUAAGGGAAUAUUUUAAUGUGCCAUGUUAUGGUUGAGCUUAGAUACCACAAAAAUCAUUUUACUAAGAUAAAUUAUGGUGGCAAAGCGAAAGGGUAAAAAUAAAUAUUAUGAAAAUUUUUCAUUUUAAUCAUUUAUUCCACUAAAAACCUUUUUUUAUUCUAAGUCAGUUUUAAGUUCACGUAAAGAAAUAUCAUCUUAAAAGAUAUUUUUUGCCAUUUAAUUUGUUUCGUGUUAACUGUGGAACUAUACAAUUGUUUUUAGAUUUGUGUAUCUAAGCUCAAUGUAUAUGAAUGUUUUUACCUCAUCAAGAAAACUUCAGCAUUUUUGUGGCACAUAAAAAAGUACUGUUAAAGUGUAAUUGUAUAUAUUUUGUGCAGUUAAGUUUUAAGAAUAAAUCGUUUGGUUAAACUUGUA